CUUGGCUUGAUUAUCGCGUUUAGAUAAGCUAGGGUGUUGGCUAUCUUAUCCACGCAACUUUACCGAUAGGCUUUCUCACCGGUUAGAGCGAAAAGAUUCACGCUCAUGUGAGGGGUGCCCGACUGCCCCUCCUUUCGUACACAGCAUGUCUGGUGAAGAGCAUUAUCGGGCUCUAGGCCUGUCGGGUCAACGUGUUGCUUGUCAUAGCUCUAGGUUACAAGUCUGGUGAAUUCUGCCCCUCUUCCAGGGUGUAUUUGAGUACCUGGAACUCCGGAAUGUCGCCUGAACGUGUCACCACGGAGCCAUUGCACUCUCGUGGCUGGGAUAAUGACUGGCUCAGGCAGUUAGCCGGCGAUAUAGUCGCAGGAUCACUGUCUGCAACGAUUAUCGCCCCAAUCACAACAGUUAUCGACCGGAGCGUCGUGGAGAGGCUCUCCUCAAAUAAAUCCAUCCUGCAUACACUUCGCACACAUGCCAUUUGCUCCAUCCUCCAACCGAAAAAGUUUUACUUUUCCCGACCUUUCUUCAUCGCUUGGUCUCUUUACGCCGCAACCUACGCUACCGCAAAUGCCACCGAUACAAGCCUCGACCAGCUUUCCAGAAUCAGAGAGAAAUCAACAAGCGCGAGUCUCGUCGCAACGUUCAGCUUCCUCCCAACAUACGUCGUCAAUGUGUCUCUGGGAAUCCUAAAGGAUAUCCGGUUCUCUCAGAUUUACGGACACCCAGACGGUCGUCUCAAGCAGCCACCUCCCAUCCCAAGACUCGCGUAUAUGGCAUUUCUUUUCCGCGACAGCAUCACUAUAUCCAGCUCGUUCACGCUGGCUCCACAGGUGGCCUCGUUCGUUCCAGAUUGGAUCACUGCAGACCCGCAUACCAAGAGAACUGUGACCCAGCUCGCUCUACCCGCCUUGGUGCAAUAUGUGAAUACGCCAUUCCAUAUGAUCGCGUUAGAUGUUAUUGCUCGUCCACAAGUGGCCACGAUAGCAGAAAGAUCCGUUACGAUACGGAGAGGCUAUAUGCAAUCGUCAUCGCUGAGGGCAGCAAGGGUUCUACCGGCGUUCGGAGUGGGGUGUAUAAUCAAUACGGAUUUGAGGGCAUCUUUGCACAGAAGAUGGAUGUUUAGAUAGGGCAAAUACCAGUGCGG